CUCUUCUGGUUUUGUGUUGGAGUUUGUUUUUUACAGUGAUGGUACGGCUCAUUACUCUGAAAAGUUGACCUGUUCACUAUAGUGGAGCGACUUGAAAAUGAGUGGAUUUCUUAAACCAUUUGCAAACUGAUACUAGCCUCGGGAAUUACUGGAUUAAUCUAAGUCUUACUAGUGAACAUUGCAAACUUUCAGAGGUGCUCUGUGCGCACAUGCCUUAUGCUACCUGUUAUAGUACCUAGUUUAAUUUCUAAAGCCCUCUCAGAGGGGAAAAGUGUACUUAAAGCUGGUGGAGCAACUUCUCUGUAUUUGUAUUUAUGAGUAGAAAUUCUUUUCUGGAUAUUGUCAGAGCAGUGAGAGAGUUUGGCCUGCUGCUUGCCCUUUGAGAGGCAGAGGAGAAUGAGGUUGUUCCUGUCCCCUCUCCUGGACUGGCCGGUGAAAUUGCUAAUGUUGUUGUAAUGAAUGGACUGACACUAAAAAUAAUGCGGGAUUGCCUUCCUGAAUGUGGGAGUUAUGAAAUGCUACCGUGCAUGGAGUGACAAUACGAUGGAAGCUGCACUUGGCUCAGGGAGGUAGCAAACUGUUUCCUGACGGCCUCAAGAGCUGUUGGGGAAGGAGAGGAGGAGAAAUCUGGCAUCCUAGAGGGCAGAAAAUGAAGCCUGUGGCCUGCUCACCAAGGGGGUGUGCAGCUGGAUUUGCACAUAAAGAACUAAUUUGGAUAUUUUAGCCUCCUGAAGGGCUCCGACCUGAUGUGUGCUUCCCGGGGCAAAUCACCCGGCCCUCAGCUGGCAUCAUCUCGCAGCUCGGCCAUGAAGGAGCAGCAGCUUACGGUGGCCCUUCGCAUCCGUCCCAUCAACGAAGCAGAAGUGGAGGAGGGAGCUGCCCUCGUCGCCCGCAGAGUGGGCGAGCAGAGGGUGGUCCUGAUGGAUCCAACCGAAGAUCCAGAUGACAUCUUGCGAGCUAACAGAUCCCGAGAAAAAACAUUUGUAUUUGACAUGGUUUUUGAUCACAGAGCAACCCAGGAGGAAGUAUAUGUGUCCACGACCAAAAAACUGAUAGGAGGAGUCAUUUCUGGUUACAAUGCAACCAUUUUUGCAUACGGUCCAACAGGAGCAGGGAAAACCUACACAAUGCUAGGGACGGACUGUGAACCAGGGAUCUACAUCCGCACUCUUGAUGACCUCUUUAAGGCCCUUGAAGCUGCCACCGAGGAGAUGGAUUAUAGAGUCUCCAUGUCCUACCUGGAGAUCUAUAACGAAGUGAUCCGUGACCUCCUGAACCCAUCCUCGGGGUUCUUAGACCUGAGAGAGGACUCCAGAGGCAGCAUCCAGAUAGCAGGAAUUACAGAAGUCUCUACUACAAAUGCUCAGGAGAUCAUGCAGCUGUUAACAAAAGGAAACAAGCAGCGCACCCAGGAACCCACUGCCGCCAACAAGACGUCCUCCCGCUCGCACGCAGUGCUGCAGGUGACGGUGAUGCAGAAAAGCCAAAGGCAGGCAAUCGGCGAGGAAAUGAGAAUUGGAAAGCUUUUCAUGGUCGAUUUGGCAGGGUCAGAGAGAGCAGCCCAGACUCAGAACUGGGGCAAGAGGAUGAAGGAAGGAGCCCACAUCAACCGCUCGCUGCUGGCUUUGGGCAACUGCAUCAACGCUUUGAGCGAGAAGGGAGGGAGCCGGACCCAGUUUGUCAAUUUUCGAGACAGCAAACUCACGCGCCUGCUGAAGGACUCAUUAGGGGGCAACAGCAGGACUGUUAUGAUCGCACACAUCAGCCCAGCCAGCACCUCCUUUGAAGAAUCUCGAAUGACCUUGAUCUAUGCCUAUCGAGCAAAAAACAUCAAGACACAGGUAAAAUGUAACCUGCAGAACGUCUCCUACCACAUCAACCAGUACACCAGCAUCACUGCGGACCUUCGCAGGGAGAUCGAGCGUCUGAAGGAGAGGGUCAAAAACCAGGAGAAGGAGAAAAGUACAGUCAGCACCAACCUCAGGGAUCUGCAAGCAAUGUCAUCUCCCGCAGCAGAGAGGCGCCAAGGCUCUGAGGCACGCAGUGGCCAAGCAAUGAACGCCUUGCGGGUGCAGCUGAUGGGGGCUUUCAGGGAGCAAAUGGAGAUGCGUCGCAGCCUGAUGGAGCUGGAAAACACCAACAUUGAGCUGCACGUUGAUACCUGCAGGCACCUGCUAACAAUCACAGACUGGGAACGAAAGAAGGCUCAGAGUGCAUGCAAGUAUGACGAGCCAGCACAGGACGACAGAGAUGAAAACGCAGAGGAAGAAGACAGGGAAGAGGGUAUCACAGAUUCACCUGAGCCUCAUGAAGUUAUGGUAGCAAGAGAAGAGAUCAACCUGCUGCUGGCAGAACAGCGCAAGACAGCAGCCCUGAAGACGGAGCUGGAGCAGCAACUGGCAAAUGCCAAGGAAAAAGCUUCCCAGAUGGAGGAGUUUUUCCCCAGACAAAUCACCAGUGAGGAUCAGCAGGAGGUGCUCAGGCUCCUCUGUAGAGCCCAGCAGCUUGAGCUUGGCAACACAGAGUUGCAGGCAAAUACGCUGUACAAGGAGAAUCUCUUGUGCCAGAAGGAUUUUGUGAUCCAGCAACUGCAGCAGCACAUGCUACUCUGUGAAGAAAUUAUUCAGCAGCAGCAGAUGCUGAUAAAAGCCCAGAACAUUCCUGUCCCAGAGACACUGGCGAAGUUACACCACCUGCACCUCUCUGAGUUGGAGGAGAGGACGCUGAACCGCCUGCUUCUGCUACAUUCAAUGAUGUCCAGCAUGCUCAGGCCCCACAACAGCCCUUCUCUGGAUGUAAGUCAGCAUCUGGAUCCUAAUAAAGAUGAGAUCAGCACGGGUCUGCCUGGGAACGUGAAGGAUCUUCCCUGGGGGAUGAAGUUUGACAUUCCCUCCAUCACCCUUGAGUCAGACAGUGACAGUUGCAGAUCAUCUAAAACGACACCCUGUAGGAAGGAGGGGUCUCCGGAUACCCAUCUCAGCCCAACUUUCUCUGGUUUGCCAGAAAGCCCAGUUCAGCAGCAGAAACCAACAGGUGUUGCUGCAAGAAAGAUGACUUCCAGGCUGCGUUCACCCACCUCUCUAGACUUGCAUGGGAAAAAGUCAGCUGCGGACACUGCUGCUGUUCCACUGAGUCCGGAGACCUUGAAGGAAAUUUCUGCCAACACCAAAAGCAUCUCCCUUAUUGCAGUCAGUCGCCGUUCCAGAGCGCAACACAGAGACCUUGGGAGCAAAGUCUGCUCAGCCCACUCCUCUGAGGAGGAUAUGCUUGAGCUGAAGUAUCUAGAGGCCAGUUCCACCCCAGAGUGUCAGAAAAGAGACAGUGCAAGUACCAGGAGUUUGCUGUUGGAGCCUGAAGCGGGGAGUCAGCUGUGCUCCCCGGCCAGGGGAGUGCUGAAGAGCAGGACAGACCAGGAGAGGACAGUCAGAGGAAAAAGAUCUCGCUCUCUUGAACCAAACUUCCACGGGACCUCGAAAACUAAGCAUCGGACUCCCUCAAGCCCCAGUAUAGACAAAGCCUAUGAGAACCACCUGCGCCAAGCCAGACUCUUCCAUCAGUCAAAAGCUGCGAGUAGCAUAUCCAUUGCUGCAAAGAUCAAGGUUCCUAUCGGCUACCACUCAGAGGGGACUCCACUAGAGAUGCUGGCAAAAGACAAUGCUCCUGCAAGCACCAUCCAGCAAAGCAUUGCUGAUCGCGUCAGAGGACAGGUCCUACAGAAGCAAGUCAAGGGGCCUGCAGAUGGUGCCAGCAGUCGGCAAAAGCAUCAGUCAGUCGCCCGCUUGGUCAACCACCCAAAGACUAAAUAGAAGUCACCGGGGGAGCAGGACUUUCUUUGGCCCCAAGGGAUUGCAAUUUCAAGACUGCUGGAAGUCGGGGAAGCGGAUGCAGGGGGAGUGUGCCUUAAAAGCUUCAGUGUUGCAGUGCUGAA